UCCCUCCCCCAUCACCCUGUCUCUCAGCGGCGGCGGCGGCGGCGGCGGUUCGCGCAGCUUGUUGGCUCGCUAUAUAAAGGAGAGAAGCGGGCGGACCGGACGGCUGGAGCUGCAGCCGGUGGCAGCAGCGGCGGCGCAGGGAGCGGUGACCGGUGGUGGUUUCCCUCCUUGGCGCGGGGUGGGGAGCGGGCAACGCCCCCGGACCCCUUAAGGGUCGUGGAUUUUUUUUUAAAAAGACGAUUCUCGAGGUUUUUAGCUGCGGGAGGAGUGCCCCCCUCCUCCUCCUCCUCCUCCUCUCCGCUCUCCCCUACUCCUUCAGGAUUGAUUUUGUUUAAGUUUUUUUCCCCAAUCUUGCGGUGACUUGGGUCACCCUCGGGUGUUUUAGUAUUUUUUUUUUUUGGUUUUGUUUUUAUCUUGUUUUCUUGGGGUUGCCCCCUCUUGUUUGUGUUGUGUGUGGAAAUGGCGAACUCGGCAAAUACAAACACCGUGCCUAAAUUAUACAGAUCUGUGAUUGAAGAUGUCAUUAAUGAUGUGAGAGACAUCUUUCUGGAUGAUGGAGUCGAUGAACAAGUACUGAUGGAACUAAAAACUUUAUGGGAAAAUAAACUAAUGCAGUCCAGGGCAGUAGAUGGAUUUCAUUCAGAAGAGCAGCAGCUUCUACUGCAAGUUCAACAGCAGCAUCAACCCCAGCAGCAGCAGCAUCACCACCAUCACCACCAUCAGCAAACUCAGCCUCAGCAGACAGUACCUCAGCAAGCACAGACCCAGCAGGUCCUUAUUCCCGCAUCACAGCAAGCCACAGCACCACAAGUUAUUGUUCCAGAUUCUAAGUUGAUACAGCAUAUGAAUGCAUCAAACAUGAGUGCUGCUGCUACAGCUGCUACCUUAGCACUCCCUGCAGGUGUGACUCCUGUUCAGCAGAUAUUAACAAAUUCAGGCCAGCUUCUUCAGGUGGUCAGAGCAGCCAAUGGUGCCCAGUAUAUCUUUCAGCCUCAGCAGUCAGUGGUUCUACAACAACAGGUUAUACCACAAAUGCAGCCUGGUGGAGUACAAGCUCCUGUUAUACAGCAGGUACUGGCUCCUCUUCCUGGAGGGAUUUCACCACAGGCGGGUGUUAUCAUUCAGCCUCAGCAAAUCUUAUUUACAGGAAAUAAGACUCAAGUUAUACCUACGACAGUGGCAGCACCUACACCAGCCCAAGCACAAAUAACUGCAACUGGCCAGCAGCAACCACAGGCCCAGCCUGCUCAAACACAAGCUCCAUUGGUCUUACAAGUUGAUGGAACUGGGGAUACGUCAUCUGAAGAAGAUGAAGAUGAAGAAGAAGACUAUGAUGAUGAUGAGGAGGAAGACAAAGAGAAAGAUGGAGCUGAAGAUGGGCAGGUGGAAGAAGAGCCCCUUAAUAGUGAAGAUGAUGUGAGUGAUGAGGAAGGACAGGAACUUUUUGACACAGAAAAUGUCGUCGUAUGCCAAUAUGAUAAGAUACACAGAAGUAAAAACAAAUGGAAAUUUCAUCUCAAGGAUGGCAUUAUGAAUCUUAAUGGAAGAGAUUAUAUAUUUUCCAAAGCCAUUGGGGAUGCAGAAUGGUGAAGAGUUGCUUUUUUUCUUUUAUAAAUAAAAGAAACUUUAAAAAAAUUUAAAGUGGACAGUUUGAAACUUGGGCAUAUGCCAACCAAAACUUCAUUUCUGCAUGUCAGAAAAUUGCAGUAGAAGCAAAGCUACUGGAACAAAGAUAGACCUUGACAACAUAGACACUACGUACUGGCAAGCCAUGGAACUGUAGCACCUGGGGUUGUUGGGUGGGAGGGUUGGGGUUUUGUGUAGCAAAACCAUAAUUUUUGAUUUUAAAUACAGGUACCUGCCACCAGUAAUUAGCAUGUAAAGCUUUGUCUAUAUUCCUUCCUCCAACUUGGGUUCAGUCAGAAGAUACUUGUUGGAAUGAACUGAAGAAACUUCCCUUUUGAUAGAUUGAACUGAAAUUGCUUAUUGUAUGUGGUUAUGUUUGGUAAAAGUUGUGUGCGAGCUUUUUACAAAAGGGUAAGAAUUAUGAUGUUGAAUUUUAAUUCACUUGUAUAAGAAAACAAUUUAAAACUCUCAUAAUAGGUCUUAAAUAUUUUUACUUGCUAUUCUCCCUCAGUGAUAUAUACCUCUUCCUUUCCAGCUUUAUGAAACAUCUAUUUAAGAUUUAAAGGAAAUUAUCAGCGAUCAUAGUUUGGAGAUAAAAUUUGACCCUGGAAUGGAUAUUUAUUUUAAUUAGAUUUUCCUAUUUAUUAAAUGUAAUUAAAGACUUGGAUCUUGUUUGAGUUGAGUGGAAUUGAAAUGACAACUUUAAUUUCCUUACAAAAAAAUUUGUUUGUUUUAGUGCCACACCUUAAAAAGAAACCCCAGACUAGCCCCUCAGGAAUAUAGUUUUAUUUUGCAAGUGUAUAUUCUAGCUGAAAUUGUAUACACGUGAAUAUACGUAGACUUUUCCUGUUGGGCUGAAGUGUGUGCUUAUAAAUGUGUUUAGUCUUUAAAUAUUCAGAUAACAGUCUGUGCAUUGAUGAAAGUAUAGGGCAGGUGGUGAGGACCUGGAUUUUUAUUAAACAAUUUAGUAAUUAUAAAAGUUUCUUGUGUUUACUAGUAAAGAAUUUUAAAAAUCUAUUCUAAUUCAACAAGUUUUUAAAAUCAACUUUGUAAUUUGAGGGGAAAAUUUUGGGGGAAGAGGUGGGUGGGCCUUUAAGUUACCUCUCUUUUAUCUGGUGGCCCUUCCAGGCCAUUGAGAAAAUAAAGACGUUGGCUCCAGUUUGCACAUUGGGAAGAAAGCAUAGAAAUUUGACUUGUAUAUUAAAAAUAAUAGAAAUGUAAUAUGUAUGUUAAGAAUGCGUAGGUCUGUAUUCUGUAAGAGGCUCUGAAGAACAAUAUGGCACUACUGUGUUCAGUGUGAAUUCGCUGCCUGGGAGAACUGCAGGAAUGCUUGUCUUCACCAUUGUGUUCUUAUAACGAAUUCAACUUUCCAUGGUUUAUCUUGACAAAAUUUACAUGUGUUUAGAUUACUUGUAUAUUGAUAUAUUUUUUUAGUCUUCAGUUUUUGUCUUCCUUUUGCCUUUGUGUUUUCAGAAGUAACCCAUCGACACUUUUUAAAGUACAUUAACAAAGAAGAAACUGUGAGCUGUUAUAUAGUGUUUCUUUUUUAACACACGUCUUUAAACUUUAAAAAAGGCAAAAAUUGUUUUUCUACUUCCCACCCAGCUUACCACCUUGGUCUCUUUAACUUAUGUUCUAAACUUUGAUGUAAAUGGUGGUGUCUAGCAUGCUAGUAGUUAGAUUUUAUUUAGAUAUCAUAAAUGGUAGUAUAGUUUUUAUUUUGACUAUAUUAAUUUAGUUUUUUGAGGGGAAGUUUGUUUAUUCUGUGACUCUCAAAGCACACAGAGGUUUUAAAAUAUAUAUUGUUAUAUAAGACUGAGAGAAGAGGAAAUGGGAGGGAGUAACAUCACAGAAAUCCUGUUGUUCAACUGUUCUUCAAUACAGUUGCUAGUAGGUUUGUAUUUACUCAAUCAAGAAGUUGGUGACUGAACUACCUAUAAAAAUUCAGCAGUGCUGCAGUGUUGCUUAAAUGAAACCCUUUGGCUAUCUAGUAGUUUUUAUGCUACUGAAAGUUGGAUUACUGUAUGAUACUCAGCUCGUCUUGGGGCCUCUAUGUAGACAAACAUUCAUACUCAUAGUAGCAUUGUAUACUAGCCUGUUUUUAUAACUUUAUUUUUCAAACAUGAACAACCACUGCUUUCAUAGUGGUUAUUUUGUUAUUUUUGAAGCAGGAAAUAACCAUUUGUAUUUGCACCUGUAUAUUGCAUAUUAAUUAUGGUAUACUUGGCAGAUGCUUUUCUUUUACCUGUGAAAAUUCUGAAAGCUGGUCCAAGCUACAUUGUGUACCAAAUUGUGCUCUUAUAUAUUAUUUGCAUCGUGUUCCUUUUUAAUCAAAUAGCAUGUUUUAGUUUUAUUAUAGUAGCUUUUGCUGUAAGAAUGUCACUUGCUUAUCUUUUACUGUACUUGAAUUCUUAAUCAUGCUUUUAACAUUAUAUUUGACGAAUCAUUUCAUAUUAAGUUCCAUUAAAAUGUCAUUCCUUUAAAAAGGCAAGGGAUUCCCACUUUCAGAAUUUUACAAUGAAAGUAGCAUGUGUAUCUAAAGGCAGAAAUUAGUUUGGACUUGGUAUGAAAAUAAGUACUGGCUUCUGGAGACGAUUUGUUUAGAUUUGCACAGAUGGUGAUGGCACCUUUUACUCAAAAAACAUUAAUCAACAGUGCUAAGGAAAAUUUACACAAAAUUACAAGAGAAAACAAGGAAAUGUGGUGUGCCUUUCCGUAUACAAACCCUUGCUUGGUGGUCAUUUAGGUAAUCAGACCAUUUGAAUGCCUGAGAGCAUAUUUAAUUUCUGUGGAGUGCCACAUAUGGCUAAAACAACUCUUUGAUGUGCAAUUAAUUUCUAGAGUAAAAUGUCUGUUAUAUGAGGGGGAUCUUUUUAUUAGGCUUUUGUAUUUUUUAAAUGUUCACAUUUCUUUCUGUUAAUUAAAAUGCCAUCAUAAUGUCACAUUUACACUGUUGCCUCUUUUAAAAGCAAACCCACUCUGAUGUUAUUCUAAGAUUACAUCAAGACUUUAGCAGUGUGUACUAAUUGAAUUGUGUUCUUGAUGAGCAUAAUAGAUUCUGGUUUUAGAAAAUAAGAUAACAUAUAGCUUUUAUAUGAAUAUUUUCUUUUGCUAUAAUGAAAAUCAAAGAUUUUUUUUUUCCUGGCUUCUAUGGAGGAAUGAAAAGAGUUGUCUCCCUCUAAGAGUAAUGUUUGAUUCUCAUAGCAAUAAUGUCACCAUUAUUAUCAGAGGGUAAAUAUGCCUUGUAUAGGAAAACAGACAUAGUUUCCUCUUGGGCGUUCUCUUUAUAACUUAGCAUUUCUUCCACUUGAGAAAAUAGCUGUAUUUUCAGAUUAUUUCAUCUUGAACUUUUCUUUUGAGCUUUUGUGCAAUGCAAUAGUUUAUUGAUCCAUCUUUGUACAUUUUGAUUUUGAAUUCUUUGGUUAAAAAAAUAGUUGCUUUAUUUGUUUCCUCAUGAGUUUAUGUUAAACAGUUUUGCAUUUUAGUCCUUUAUUAUGCUAUGAAAUUAUUAUGAAGUUUAUAUUCUUCCCUUUUUAAGCCUGCCUUACUCUGUCUUUUGUCAUCGUCUGUGGUUUAAUGAAGAACACACCAAACUAACAUUUUUGUUUAUUUUAAGGAACAAGAAAACGUUUUCUCUUUUAAGGGAAGAACCAUAUUGAAUUAGUAACUACUCUUUCAGUCAAGGUUCCUUAAUCAGUCCAGUCUGCAUCAGGGCUAUGAUUUGCGGGUUGGGGGGGGGCAGGGCUAAUCCUUUUUGCUGUUCUGAGCUACUAUUGUCAACUGCUGUUGUACAUACUGUUAUGUGUAAUGGCGUAAAUAUAUUUAUUAUGUUUGUAAAAUUCAUUGCAGAUCAAGGUUGCUCUUCUGUGAUAUAUGGGAUAUUAUGUUUUAAAGACCAUCUUGGAAUACAAUUAGAGAACUUAGUAUUUUGAUGUACUAAGACCUAUUUUAAGUUUAAUAUUCUACCUUUGCAAAAACUUUAAUUAAAGAUGUUAUUUAAAAAAAGUAAUGUUGCUUGCUUUGCUUACUAGUAUAUAGCAUUGUUACAGAUAAUUGAAUAAAAUACAAUUUAGAAAGGAAAAUGCUUUACAUUGUUAAUGAGAAUUCCACUUAACAACAACAAAAAGAUAUUAAAUUCUGUAUCGUAAAGAUAAGUAGGUUGGGAUGUCAAUUCGAAUUAGUAAACUGUGUUACAAAUUAUUAAUAGUAGCUUUAAAAAAGUUGUAUUUUCCAGGCACUCCGGAAUUUAGGUUGGGCAAAUUCACACUAACAAAUAAUAACUAAAAAUUGGUAUAAUUAUAACAUUGUUUUUUAAAAUAAAGAUUACUCCUUGUGGAAUAUUAAUAACCAACAUUGUAUUAAAUGAGUAUUUCUACUCCAAAGUAUAGAUUACUUAGGAUAAAAACAUUGUUAUUUCUCCGUUUAGUCAAACCAUUUCCUCUUAGUUCAGAGCUUAUAAAUAAUUGCUUAUUAGGAGAAUUGGAUUACUGAGGAUUGUAUUGCAUAUUGAAUAUAUUUUGUGUUAUUUUAGAAGGUAUUAAAUAGCAGGUAUUUUAAUUUUGUAGUUAAUUCAGCUGAAUCAAGAAGCUCGCCUUUUUGUAUUUUUUUAAUCUUGUUACAGACUAUCUAGAAAACAUGCAAAUUUUAACUAUUAACAUAAUGAUAAUAAAGAUAUCUUAUUUAUUGCCAGCAAA